GUUCACCUGUGUCCGAUAGCCGGGGGCGUUGGAUGCGCCGGCCGGUGGCCUCCCGAGUCCCACGGAGGUGUGGAUUCGGCGGCGGCCCAGGCGGGCUUCCGGUGGCAGUCGCUUCUCCGUGAGAACGGCCGGAGUCGGAGUCGGACCGGACCGGGCCGGCCUGUGUCUGUGUGGGGGUGCGCCUGUGACCGUAGUAGCGGCCGUGCUGUGAUCGGUGCCGUUCUGUUCCCGCGGUGUUCCGACCCCGACGGGUCUGUGUCGGCGCGGUGGGCGGUGGGCGGCGAGGUAUGCGUGUCUGCGUGCCGGCCGGACGCGGCGCGCUCCCCUGAGGCCCUCCGGCGCGGUCAUGGCGCUCCUCAGACACUGCUUCUUCUGCUCGCUGCUGGUGGCCUGCGUCAGCUGCGGCGUGAUCGAGGCCAUAGCGUACCUGAUUGCUUUUGGUGUGCAGCUAUGGUGGAUCGUCGACACAAAAGAGACGAUGCCAGCACCAGCCUACAUUCUGUGUGCGGGCUACCUCAUCAUGCUGCUGAUAUCCCUCAUAAUGCUCAUUGGGAUAGCGAUGAAACGCUCGAGGUACCUUCUCGCCUGGCUCCUGGUCAUGAUUGUCUUCUUCUUCCCUGAGAUGGGCAUGGUGCUUUUUAUGAGCAUAUAUCAUUGGAACAUUGAAUCAGACUACGGUCUUGGUGACCUUGUAUUCUACAUAUGCAGAGCCGGAUUAAAUCUGGUUUCUCUAAUAUGUAUCCAGUCAUUACACGCUACAUGGAAGGAAGAAAAGUUUUCGUUACAUAGGUUGGAGUCGCUAAACAUGAAGGUGGGUCCGUCCGUUUUGCGGAACGGCGCGGUGGACCGGGCCUUCCACGGCGGGGCCAUCACCUAUACGAACGGAGUGCCGAUGGCGGCACCGGCACUAGUCAGAUCGGUAUCGUCGGCGUCUCAGUACGCGGCGGCGGCUGCACGCUCGGGACGCAGUCAGUUCAACGCCGCCUUCUACGGCCUGGGCGGCGGCGCGCCCGUGGUACGGGCUCAGAGUGCGCUAGGUGUCGGCGUCGGCGAGUUCCCCACCUUCGCGUACGAGGUCCCGCACCUGGUAUACGUGCCGCGGCACGGUACCCAGUCGCUAGACCGGCGGAAGAUGGGUCGCGGGCCGCGCAGGAGUACCUCGAUGGACGCGCUCAACCUGGGCGGCUCGCUGGUGCCCGGAGUGACGCCGUGUCACUGCUGGAUGGCAGCCGGCCAGCCGCGGCGGCAGCAUGAGAGCAGGAGCUCGCUGGGAGCCGAGUCUGACUCGUACCGGUACCGAGACGUGGCGCUCUGACCGGUGUACUGCAGGUCGGUACCCUGGUGUGGUGAGCUGGCGGACAGUUGUGUCCUCUGGUGGCCUCUAGUGUGCUCUGCUGGCUCUGCUCGUCUUCCGGGACGGGAAGACGCGAACUGUGGCCUGCCUGGAGAGCCAGGUCAGAAGAGCCGCCCCGCUCUGAGUGCUAGUGACGGAUAGAAUCCGGGAAAACGGGACAGCAGAUGGGAUGGUAGUGGGUUCGUAUUCAGGGAGCGUCUAACUGCCGCCGGUGUAACGGUCGGAAAACCGAUUAGAAUACUGCCUCACAGUGUCGAUAGUGGCGCUUUGUGGCUCGUUCUGUAUGAAUGGACCCGGCAUCUGACCGGCCGGGUCUCCCGGUCGCCGCCGGUCGGGUCGGGGCUGGCUCGCGGCGCGUGUCGACGUCUCGCGGAGGCCAUAUGGUGAUGUGUGGGGUGAGGCGGCUGUCGGUGCCGCCUCAGAGAGCGCCGGCCUUGUCAGAAGAGAGUGGCGUCAUCACUCCCGCCCACUCCGCCAACACUGAACACACCGUGUGUCGACAUUGAAACGGGGGAGUGCCGCUCUCCGUGACGGCGACUGCCCUGACAUCUACCGGUAGGAUAGGGAGGUAGGCGACUGUGCUGCCAUCUGUUGGGCAGGUACAGAGGUUGAGGUCCCAAGGUGAGGUCUUCUCAGGUGAGCUUACUGCCAUCUGCUGGUAGUGCGUAAAACCUGUGCUUGCCUCGCUGAGCCACUGAGGUGCUGGUGCUGCCAUCUCUCGGCGUAGUUGGCGUUUGAAGGAUGCUCUCGACUCCUCAGCUGGCCGUCAUUGCCUGCUUGCGAGUGUGUCUGCUGGUUAUUAGCUAAAUCUCCUUGCGAUGCAAUUGUGAAUGCGACUGAAGCUACAACCACACUCGAGCUAAUCCGCUGUAAACUUGCCGGUUAUUGAAUAAUGGAUCACAGAGUAAUCUUUUGAUGUCGGAGUGAUGCCUAAUUUUCUAUAGUUUCGGCAGCUAAUGAAGCUGCAAGCGGUAGUCACCGUCCGAGCUAAGCUGGUUUCACUGUGACCUCUGUUCAAGUGUUUAUAUGCCACCGAAGCUCUUGACUGGGCACCAAUGACUUGGCGAACCAUGACUGGCACUCUUCAGCGCUCCAUACCAAUGGGAGUUGGGUCCGAGUGCAAUGUGUGCAUUAGAUGUGUCAGUGGCAGUCCAUUUUCGCGGCGUGUAUUGACAGGCAUGCAGCAUGCUGAUGACAUGGUGUUAACCAAGCUCGGAUGGUAGUGGUAGUUGGUUCAGCCGCACUGACAGGGCGGCGCCUUUGCUCAGUGAAGUCCGACAUGUCAUUAGAGUGAAGUAAAAACUCGAUAGUGUCUCAGCGAUGUCACUGUGUCGGGCUGAAUGAGCAAUGAACAUACCAUUUGACGUGUUAUGUGUACUGUGAUAACAUGCUUAAAUAGAUCUAUUUCAGUGGUCCGAGCAGGCCACUGUAGGUAGCGUAGGUAAAGUCUUCGCCUACCUCUCCUGUUACCUGUGGAAAUAAAAGUAUUCAUUGUUCAAAUAUUUUACUAGAAUACACAUGCGCGGAUGUGACGGUGUUUCGCGUGACAACAGCAUGUCUAUAUUUGUUUCCUGGGAUUUUAUAAUUUAUAUUGUUCUCCUGAUUUCGCAUUGUGAUCAAUAAAUGUAAGGUGUCAUGA